AUGUCAAAAAAAGACCAACCAAAAGUCGACACAGGAGCGUUCGGCCAACUGUUAGCUUUGGCCACAACAGCUCAAGGAGAUCGCGAAACCGACCAGUCGAUUCCGCCAAUGAGUGAAGACAACAGGAAAUGGCUGGAACAAGCAAUGACAGACUUUACCAAAGACUCGGAUCCGAUUAAGAAGCUAAAGUGCAGAAUCGCCAACCUCAAGGAUGUUGACGUGAGCAAAGGGGAUUCAGAAGUCAAAGAAGAAUUGGUUGUAGCUGUUGAUAACCUUAUCAAUCUAGUGUGUGAUAUCGAUUUGGCUUUGGAUUUCUGCAAAUUGGACGGGUUGAAUGUUGUCAUGGAUAUAUUAGUAAGUUUGGUCGGUAUUUAUUGAGUUUUAAUGGCACAGAUACUGUAUCGUAAACUAAGCUUUACUGUAGAAAUAAUUCUGUGGUUCCUAACCCCGAGAAAUUCUUUUGAGUGGGGCACAGAAUUAUUUGAACAAACUAAUAAUUGCAGAAUUAGAUUUUGGAAAAAUUUUUAAAACUCCUUUGAUUUUCUAAGAUAUAAAGGUAAUUUUAGAGCAAAGAAAACGAUGUAGCCAAUAUUUCCGUGUUGCCAUUGAUAUCAGAAAUUGCACAGAAUAAUCCACCAGUACAGAAGGAACUUUUGAAACAAAAUUUUAUAGAAUACUGUAUAAAGUAUCUUGAUAAAACAAGCAAUAAUGUAAGUAUCUAUGAUUUUUCAAUAGAAAAAAAGUUAUUUUACCAUGUUUUUGUUAUAAACGAUAAAUGAUCACCUUUGAUAACAGUUGUUUCAGGUAUAAACUUCACGUUAAUGUUAAUAAAAUUUGUUUUUUCAUGUAAUAAAGCUAAAUGAGCAUUGUAAAGUGAAUAUUCUUUUUUUAUUUUGGUCUUCGUUAACGACUUUUUUUUAGGUCGCAAAAUUGAAAGCAAUAUCAGCGUUAUCAGCAAUGGUAAAAGCCUUCCCACCAGCUGUAAUGUAAGUACAUAUAGAUUGAGUUUAUUGUAAUUUUAUAAGAGGAAAUUAUGUUUUUGCUAUCUUGUAUAAAAGAUAUAUCAUUAUGUUUAUCACUGUAAUUCUAAAACUCGAAUCUUCAGUAAGUUCGUGAAGUCAGACGGCCACACCAAAGUCCUGGAAACGUUCGAAGCGGCGUGGAAUGCGGGUGACGACCGCCUGAUCCAUCGUUGUGUCAUCACUCUCGCGAACAUUGGUCGGUCUGCAGCUCCCGAGCUCAUCCAGCGUCUCCAUAUUCAGCCGGACCAGUUUCUGCGCUUAAUUUACGACCGCUUAAACGAAGACCCUCAACGUUACGCUGAAUCCAUCGCCUAUCUCCAGGAGAAUCCACUUCCCGCCAACUGA